UUUACAGAUGAAGCUUGCGAUCGUAAUCCUCGCCGUUCUCGGCGUUUCGGUGAGCUCCGCUCUACCGACCCACAACAUCUUCGCCAGGAACCUGAAAGAUGACCUGGAAGACUUCAAGAACCUCGUGCCCGUUGACAGAAUCGUAGAGAUCGUGAUCCAGUACCUCGCCGACGACGCCGAAGUCCAGAACGGUGUCGCAUUCCUGACUUCCGACGCUUUCAAGACACUCGUCCUCGAUGUCGAGGCCAUCCCCGAGUACCGCGAAAUCUUGCGAAUCCUCGCCGACGGCGGACUCGACGUCUACGCGCUGGUCGACAAGAUCCACGGACUCCUCGAUCUCCCAGCUUUCCAGCCACGCACGCUUUUGAGAAACGUCGUACGCGCCGGUGGAUUCCGCGGACUCGUCGACGAGAUCCUCGCCAUCCUGCCCCUGGAAGAACUCAAGGCCCUCUACUACGAGAAGCUCGAGACCUCCCCCGACUUCGCCAACCUCAUCGCCCACAUCGCCUCCGACGAGUUCCAGGCGGCCAUCGAAAAGGUCAGGGCCAACCCUACCUACCAACACAUGCGUGAAGCCGCUUUGGCCUACGGUAUCGACGUCAGCAAACUGAGCACCAUCAUCCGAAGCCUCCUCGGUCUGCCCCCGAGGCCCGUUCUCAGAAUCGCCUCCAGGAACCUUAAAGACGACUUGGAAGACUUCAAGAAACUCGUGCCCGUCGACAGAAUCGUCGAGAUCGUGAUCCAGUACCUCGCCGACGACGCCGAAGUCCAGAACGGAGUCGCUUUCCUGACUUCCGACGCAUUCAAGACACUCGUCCUCGAUGUCGAGGCCAUCCCCGAGUACCGCGACAUCCUCCGUAUCCUCUCCGAAGGUGGACUCGACGUCUACGCGCUGGUUGACAAGAUCCACGGACUCCUCGAUCUCCCGGCUUUCCAGCCACGCGUCCACUUCAGAAACCUCGUACGCGCCGGUGGAUUCCGCGGACUCGUCGACGAGAUCCUCGCCGUCCUGCCCCUGGAAGAACUCAAGGCCCUCUACUACGAGAAAUUGGAAACCUCCGCCGACUUCGCCAACCUCAUCGCCCACAUCGCUUCCGACGAAUUUCAGGCGGCCAUCGAAAAGGUCAGGGCCCACCCUACCUACCAACACAUGCGUGAAGCCGCUUUGGCCUACGGUAUCGACGUCAGCAAACUGAGCACCAUCAUCAGAAGCCUCCUCGGUCUGCCCCCGAGGCCCGUACUCAGAAUCGCCUCCAGGACCCUGAAGGACGAUUUCGAAGACUUCAAGAAACUCGUGCCCGUCGACAAAAUCGUCGAAGUUGUGAUCGUCUACCUCGCCGAAGACGCUCAGGUGCAGAGCGGUGUCGCUUACCUGACGUCCGACGACUUCAAGCAGCUGGUUCUCGACGUCGAGGAAUUGCCCCAGUACCACGAAAUCUUGAGAAUCCUCGCCGACGGCGGACUCGACGUGUACGGACUGGUCGACAAGAUCCACGGACUCCUCGAUCUCCCUGCUUUCAAGCCACGCAUGUUCCUGAGAAACGCACGCGCCACCGGUGGAUUCCGCGGUCUCGUAGACGAGAUCCUCGCUCUCCUGCCCCGCGAACAACUCCGUGCCCUCUACUUCGAGAAGCUCGAGACAUCGCCGGAGUUCGCCAACCUCAUCGCUCACAUCGUGUCCGACGAGUUCCAGGCGGCCGUUCACCAGGUGAUCGCCCACCCUACCUACCAGUACAUCCGCGAAGUAGCUCUGUCCUACGGUCUCGACAUCAACGGACUCGGCAAAUUCCUCAAAGCUCUGCUCGGACUCAACUAAAUCAUCGAAACGGUUUUUUUGGUUGCAAACGACGCGCCCUCGACCACUUGACCUACCCGAACUCUGAAAAAUUGCGCUAAGUAUGUCGCCUCCUUAGCGUCACCCCUAUUCACACUUAUCUUGGAAAAUAAAUGUAUUGAUUCAGAGGAAGAAA